CUUGUCAUAACUGAAAAUAGAAUGGCUUCCAUGAAUAUAUUCACCGCCAUUACACUCACCGCCGACGGCCGGAAUCCGGCCAUUUAUUUUCCCCGGCGGAGACCCAACUCGGUCCAUUUCGCCAUAAGUUCGCCGGAAUCUCCACCGGAAAUAGAGCUCGAGUUCAUAGGGCCCGAACCGGGAAGUGAUGGGUCGUAUCCGGUGGAUAAAGCUAAAGCAAUAAGCGGAGAAAAGUUGUUGAGGAACAUCAUGUUGGAUAAGAAGAUCGACCUUUAUGCCACCUAUGGUAAGCUCAUGAACUGUGGGGGAGGUGGUAGCUGCGGAACUUGCAUCGUUGAGGUUAUUGAAGGAAAGGAUCUUUUAAAUGAAAGAACAAAUACUGAACUACGAUAUCUUAAGAAGAAACCCGAAUCUUGGAGGCUGGCUUGUCAAACUAUUGUUGGAAACAAAGAAAACUGUGGCAAGGUGGUUGUUCAAAGGAUUCCUCAGUGGAAGAAGCAAUAGACCAAGCCAAGCAAUAGACCUAUUGAUGCUUAGAAAGAAAAGCUCCAUUAUGUAACUCCUGGGUUUAACACAGUUGGAAGCAUCAUUGCAAAUCACGUCAUAAAUUUAUGGAGACUCUAGUUCUUAAAGUAAGCUUACAGAUAUCUAUAAUGUAUAAUUUCCCUUCAAUGUUAUGCAAUGCUUGCCAAUAAGUUAUUUAUUCUUUAGGGUACAAAUCUUUGUGUAAUGGUAUGAUAUCAUGUGUACGCGCUA